AUGAAUUCAUUUCAAAUGAUAUUAAGGAGUGUUUACAUUAGGAAAAAGAUAUUUGAAGGAGUUCAUUUAAUACACAAACAAUUGGGUAUAAAAGUUAUAAAGACAUCGUCUCUUCAUACUUUCAAUGAUUACAUAAAGUAUAGAAUGACUACUGUGGUCAUGCAACAUAUUGAUUCAUAUUGGAGAUUAAUAUUUGUUGAUUCUGAUGGCAUCUAUAGAAAUAAUCAUACAAUGGGAAGAAUGAUUUGUUAUGCUAUUAAAUAUGAUAAUCAUAUAGUUUUGAAAUAUCUAUUAGAUAGAAUUAAAAUGGAAAAGGGACCUUUUCAAUUGACUGUAUUACUCCCAACCAUUCCAUCUGAAGAAAGACAAGGAGAGGAGGAAGAAGAAGUCUAUUUUUUCAAAAGAAAGAAUUGUUUCUCAAUAGAGGUAUUUCAUUUACUCAAUGACGACGAAAUAUUGAUUGAAUCAAAAGAGAUAUUAAAAAUCAUGACAAGAACUGCAAUAUUGGUGUCAAGAGAUAUUGAAAUCAUUCGUAAUCUAUUAAAGAGAUACAAACUCAAAAUAGAUACAAAUGAUCAAUCAUGGGAUUUCAAAGAUUUGGUCAAUGAAUGCAGUGAAGAGGAAUUGGUAGAAUUAUUCUCAUUGAUCAAAAAGGAAAAGAAAAGUUAUCUUGCAUUUUGUCGAUUGUUUCCCGAGACAUUGGUAGAGGAUAAAAUUAAAGUCAUUCAGUGUUUGAUGACCGUUAAAACAACAGUAACUGAAGUCUUUACAACAUCACCACAAUUAUACUCGCCAUUUAUAACAAAAAGUACCAGACUGCUUGAACGCAAGAAAGCUCUGUACCAGCUCACAGACAGAUACUCACGUAACCAUGGUGGCCUGUUGAACAGUAGUCAUAGCGGAAUAGAUAUGGUGUUUUAUAGAUACAUGGUGGUAACGUUGGCUGAUGGUUCAGAGAAGACUUGUUUUAUCGAUAGUUGGAAUUAUUGCAAUUCUAUUGCAAACGGGGUGGAGGAGUGCAUAGCCACCUCUAUCAAGGAAAAUGGACACGUCCUCACCCACAGUACCAAAGUAUUUGUCAAAAAACAAUCAGCAGAACCAUCUGACACCACUUGCAAUCUAGAAAAGCUGUUUAAUUCUAAAUUUUGUCAAUGCAUGGUGUUUGAUUAUGCCAGUGUCAUUGCUUGUAUCUUGGAUUUGGACAAACAUGACUUGUUGGAACAAGUAAUUUCAUUUGUUAAAAAACAACCCAAGAGAUGUGUAUUUUCAAUUGCACGGAUUUGUCAAUACGCCCAAGAUGACGGCCAACAUCAUGCAAAAGAACAAUUCAUAUCGGUCAUGGAAAGGAUUAUUGAUUUAUUUAUCAAUUCAUUCCCUAAACAUUUUCAACAACAUGUCUACUUGUUUAAAAAAAUAAUAAAUAACUAUUGUUAA